CCCCCAUCGGAACUAUCACAUCACAGCUCUACUGCGAUGUCCCACUUGAAAACAUCCAUCGAAAGUGUUGUUGUUCUGAUUAGAGCGCGGGUCGAGUAAAUCAAACGAAACUGUUGUGUCCUUUAUUUGAAAGUCUAAAUAAAGCAGCCAGCGAGUAACAAAGCAAUAGUUUGAGUAUAAUGGCAUCCGGCGGCUUAGCAUGUGUAAAAUACUUGACAUUCUUUUGCAAUCUUCUUUUUGCGCUCACUGGACUUCUUAUCUUUCUGGUGGGAGGCAUGGUCCAACUAAACUAUGCACACUAUUCGAACUUCGUUAGCGAUCACAUCUGGACCGCUCCUAUUAUACUAAUGAUUGUCGGCGCCGCUGUAGCAGUUAUUUGCUUCCUGGGAUGUUGUGGAGCCUUAAAAGAGAGCAGCUGUAUGAUACUAAGCUUUGCCCUUCUUGCCGUCGUUAUAUUUUUCUUCGAGAUCGGACUGGGCCUUGCUGGCUAUGUGAAGCAUACCGGUCUUCAUCAGAUUAUGGAGGGUCAGUUUAACUCGACCAUGCAGCACUACAAGGAACGGGCCGACUAUCGCGAUGCUUGGACUUUGCUGCAAACCGAGCUAGAUUGUUGCGGCACCAAUGGACCCAACGACUGGGAAAACGUCUUUCCUAAUAGUACCCUGCCUGCGGCGUGCUGCUCUGUGAUUAAUUUAAGCGAGGCCAAGGAAUGUACAAAUGUUCACGCAACCCAGCAUGGUUGCUUGCAGAAGCUUUUAGAUAUAUUGGAUUCGAAGACUUUGAUAUUGGCCUCCGUUGUUUUGGGAGUGGCGGGUAUUCAGAUGCUCACUAUUCUGUUCGCUUGCUGUCUCUAUCGUUCGUUUCGCAGGAGCUACGAUCAUGUUUAGAAUGCGAAGCGAGGAUCCCGUAUGCCGCCUUUAAAAGGGAACAACAUUUUAUGUAGUCUGUAUGUAGUUGUCAUAACAUGCGUCACAAGAACUAUUACAGAAAUUGAAUAACCAAGUAUUCUGUUUCACUUGCCCAUUGACGGCUGAUUAGCUUAUUUAUAGCUGCGGCAUUUAUUGCGUUUUGUAUUAGUUCUUUAAAUAGUCCAUAUGUAAAAAUAUUGGCGAAUUCGAUCGUACCACAGUUUUUUUCUUUGUAAGCUAAAAACCUUAGAAUCCUCUGAAGGUUAAAUAAAAACCAAUUGGGUCUAACCAACAAAA